AGCAAAUGUACAACUUUAUCUCCAACUUAUUUGACUUCGUUGUUUGGCUUUCAAUUAACUGUAUGAGAACCAUAAAGAGAGCCUGUGGCUUAGAAGUGACUUAGCAUUUGAUCAAGCAUUACGCUCCAUGGCACUCGGGUUUUCUCUCAGACUACGGACUCUAACACCACGGGUGGGAAAACAAGAACAAGACAGCCAGGAGGAAAAGGAAGAUGAAAGAUCGACUUCAAGAAUUAAAACAGAAAACCAAGGAAAUGGAACUCUCUCGGGACAGUCACUUGUUUGCAGAAGCAGAAGAACCAGCCGUGCUUGUCCAGCAAGCUGUUAUUUAUGAGAAAGAGCCUGUAGUUGAGAGACACCUACAUGAGAUCCAAAAGCUGCAGGAGAAUAUUAAGAGCUUUGUUGAUGAUGUCCAACAAUUUGGACAGCAGCAAAAGAGCCUGGUGGCUUCCAUGAGAAGGUUUAGUCUACUUAAGCGAGACUCUACCAUUGCAAAGGAGAUAAAAAUCCAAGCAGAACACAUAAACAGAGCCUUGGGUGAGUUAGUCAAAGAAGUGAAAAAGUCAGAGGUUGAAAAUGGUCCAUCAUCAGUGGUCACAAGGAUACUCAAUUCUCAGUACACUGCAAUGUUCCGCCACUUUCAGCAAACCAUGUUUCUGUACAAUGACACGAUAGCUUUAAAACAAGAAAAAUGCAAGACAUUUAUUGUCCGUCAGCUCGAAGUGGCUGGAAAAGAAGUGUCCGAAGAAGAAGUAAAUGACAUGCUUCAAAAUGGCAAAUGGGAAGUUUUUAACGAAAGCUUACUUACAGAAACCAGCAUCACUAAAGCCCAACUCUCAGAGAUUGAACAGAGACACAAAGAACUUGUGAAUCUGGAGAACCAGGUGAAGGAUCUCCGGGACCUUUUCAUUCAGGUAUCUCUUCUGGUAGAGGAACAAGGAGAGAGCAUCAACAGCAUUGAGGUAAUGGUCAACAGCACAAAAGAUUAUGUUAACAAUACCAAAGAGAAGUUUGGACUGGCUGUAAAAUACAAAAGAAGAAACCCCUGCAGGGCCCUGUGCUGUUGCUGCUGCCCAUGCUGUGGCUCCAAAUAA